AUGCUGCUGUCCGGCGUCUCGCUGCUUGCCGGCCUCGUUGCAUCGGCCUGCGCUGCAGACAUCCCCAAGGUGCUCGACUGCAGUCGCGACAGAUACUGGGAAGCGCCCGAAGAGUGUGAGGCGCCCAUCGCACCCGUUGCAGCAGUGGUCCCCGGAUCGUCCUACAUUGCAAAGAUAGAGUGCAACGACUGCCCUUAUACCGACAAAGACGACGAAGUGGUACACCGUGAUCAUGUACUCCUCCUCAACGUAACCCUCACCCACGAUAACCGCACAGUCCUCCUCAACAAUCGCCCGCUACAUCCCUUGCCGACCAUACCCACACCCCCUGCCUUUGACGUCACACGAUACCGCUCCAACCUUUCCCAUGCAGAACUGUACGCUGGCCUGACAUCGGAAGACCCAUACUGUCUGAAGAACGGGAAUGGCGGAUCUGGACAAUGGUGCCGCACAGUACCCUUGACAUCCUCCUGGCGCAUGGCAUUCGAUUACCUCUACAUUGCGAACCCGAGCGAUAGCCAUGGAGGCGACGACACAGACGCCGAGUACUGGGAGGUUGCGUUGGAUGUGAUUGGAAAAUCACGAUACUCUGGGGACAGCGACCCGCUUUGGAAGUUUGACAGUGCGGAUCAGAAAAUGCUAUGGAUGCUCAUCAAGGGAACCCUACUGAAGACAGGUGGGAAAGGAGGACCAACCAAGGUCGCAGACCCUUUCGGGCAGGCCAUUACCGACGACAACAUCUAUGAGUAUCAAAUCCUUGACAUGCGCUUGGUCGCCCGAGCCUACACCUUUCCCGCCAAGAAGCCCUUGACCAUCUGGGGUAGCAUAGGGCACUUCCUUGGAACCGAUGUCUGGGACAUAGAGGGUAGUCGCUUUCUCUAUCGCAAAGAAGAAUGGGGCUACUACGGCAAGAAAGGAACUCUUCGCGACAUGUUCGGCGAGUUUGUCCACUGGAGGGACUGGCCUUUGUUCUGGAUCAUCUCCAGCAGUCUUGUUGGCGGCUUGCUUGCCCUGUUCCUUUUCUGGAAGCUUUAUUGGUGGAUCGUCGCGCAGCGUGAGCUCAUGAAGUGGGACGGCAUGGAGGAUGUUUGGGAAAACAUGAGGAGGGAGAGGGUGGCUGAAGAAGAGGGCGCUCUUCUGGAUGCACAUGGCGCAUACAGAGACGACCCGGACGAAGGCAGCUCCUCAAGACCACCGGCGUAUACGGAUGCGUUGAAGCCGCUGCCAAGCAAACCGCUACCCGAGAAACCCUUACCCGAGCCAAACAUCAAGCCUUGCAAUAUUCCGCCCUGUCUGCAAUUGGUGCAAACUGCUUAUCCCCGCCAAACUCCGUACAACUCCGCUAUACUAAGGGGCAGCUUAUCACACAUCCACCUUGGAUUGAGGCAGUCGCUGACUAAACAAGCAUUGAACGUGUCAACAAUCGUCGUUAUGGCUUCGAAAGUUGAAGACGUCGCAACUAAUUUCCUCAAAAAUGCAAUCGCGUCCGGCAAUCACGACGUCACCAUCUUCACUCGCUCCGCCCCAACAAAACCUCACCCAUCUUCCAAGGUCACCUACAAGCAAGUAGACUACGCGGAUCGCGAUGCCCUCACUCGUGCUCUUGCGGGCUGCCAUACGGUCCUAUCUUUCUUCGUUGUCCACUUAGACGUAGACAACGUAGCCCAGAAGAAUCUAAUCCAUGCAUCAAUUGCGGCAGGCGUCUCACGCUUUGCACCUAGUGAGUGGGGUAUCUCAAACUACAGCGGUGUCGCAAGUUACGAGAACAAAGACAUCAUCAGAAAGUAUCUCGAAGACCUUGAUAGCAAAGGUGAGCUGGGAUCCAUGCAAUACUGUCUCUUCCAGCCAUCCAUCUUCAUGGACUACUUUGCGCACCCAUACCCGCUCGAACGCGAUCUCAUCACCUGGCCCUUCUUCCUCGACUUCGAGAACCGACGUGCUAUGGUUCUUGAUGACGGAAACCAACCCCUUGUCAUUACUGCCGUUCAAGACGAUGCUGAGAUCCUCGCUCGCGCCCUCGAUGACACGCGUCCGUGGCCCAAGGUCGGUGGUAUCACAGGCUAUCGCACUACCAUCAACGAACUGCUCGCUCUGGGUAAGAAGAUUAGGGGAGGAGACUGGAAGGUCGAGUACGUGAAGAGUGAGGAUAUUGCCAAAGGAGAGUUGAAGGCAAGCUGGCUACCGCUCAUUAGUCAUCCUACGGUUGGAGAUGAUGUGAGAGAGGCAUUUAGCAAGCAAUUUGUCCUCAUGUUCUUUGAAGCGAUUAGAAGUGGUGGCUGGGUUGUUAGUGACGAGUUCAAUCAGCGGUUCCCAGACUACAAGUUCAUGGGCGCGGAGGAGUAUCUGACCAAAGCUUGGGAGGGUAAGCCGUAG